AUGACUGGAGAUUUCCUCAUCUACACCACCCACCUGAACCACACCCCAGAGUAUCAUGGAUCUGUCAUUGUGAGAACGAAUGGAGCUGUCGUUCCCAUUGAGUGUCGUUAUUUUAGGAAGGGCAAUGUGAGCAGUGACCCCAUCAAGCCCACCUGGAUCCCAUUCAGCUCCACCAAGUCUGGAGAAGGGCAUCUGUCAUUCUCUCUGUGCCUAAUGAAUGGUGACUGGCUUACAGAGCACACUUCGACUGUCUACUACCUGGGUGAGCUCAUUCACAUUGAGGCCUCUGUUUCAAUGACCAACCACAUGCCCCUGAAGCUCUACAUUGACCACUGUGUAGCUACAUUGAGCCUAGACAAGGACUCCACCCCGAGAUACAGCAUCAUUGACCACAAUGGUUGCCUCCUGGACAGCAAAGCUGAGGACUCCUUUUCAACCUUUGUGUUGCCAGGAGACGAGCGGGAGCUGGACAAGCUCCGGUUUGACCUGGAUGCGUUCCGUUUCCUUGGAGAUGACCGUUCCUUGAUUUUCAUCACCUGUCACCUGAAAGUUGCUCCAGUAGAUCAGAGGGAUUCGAGGACCAAAGCUUGUACUUUCCAGAAGGUGCAGAAUGUCUGGACCCCAUUGGAGGAAUCGAGCAUUGACAUUUGUGCCUGCUGCCAUGUGGGUAACUGUGGUGCCACAAGGGAGUUGUGGUUUGGUUCCAGAGGAAGGAGAGAUCUUGUACCUCAAGCUGGUGUGGAGUCUGAGGUGGUCCUGAUCGUGGCCCUGACUGUGACAGCUGUCUCUCUGAUCUCUGCUUCAUUGCUGGCCUUGUUCCUGUACAGGAAACACAAGCAAACUCAGGUCAACCAUGACCAAAUGAUCAAUAAAAUGAUUGGAGAUUUCCUCAUCUACACCACCCACCUGAACCACACCCCAGAGUAUCAUGGAUCUGUCAUUGUGAGAACGAAUGGAGCUGUCGUUCCCAUUGAGUGUCGUUAUUUUAGGAAGGGCAAUGUGAGCAGUGACCCCAUCAAGCCCACCUGGAUCCCAUUCAGCUCCACCAAGUCUGGAGAAGGGCAUCUGUCAUUCUCUCUGUGCCUAAUGAAUGGUGACUGGCUUACAGAGCGCACUUCGACUGUCUACUACCUGGGUGAACUCAUUCACAUUGAGGCCUCUGUUUCAAUGACCAACCACAUGCCCCUGAAGCUCUACAUUGACCGCUGUGUAGCUACAUUGAGUCCAGACAAGGACUCCACCCCGAGAUACAGCAUCAUUGACCACAAUGGUUGCCUCCUGGACAGCAAAGCUGAGGACUCCUUUUCAACCUUUGUGUUGCCAGGAGACGAGCGGGAGCUGGACAAGCUCCGGUUUGACCUGGAUGCGUUCCGUUUCCUUGGAGAUGACUGUUCCUUGAUUUUCAUUACCUGUCAUCUGAAAGUUGCUCCAGUAGAUCAGAGGGAUUCCAGGACUAAAGCUUGUACUUUCCAGAAGGUGCAGAAUGUCUGGACCCCAUUGGAGGAAUCGAGCAUUGACAUUUGUGCCUGUUGCCAUGUGGGUAACUGUGGUGCCACAAGGGAGUUGUGGUUUGGUACCAGAGGAAGGAGAGAUCUUAGUGAAGUUGGAUUGAAGUGGGAGGGUGAGGCCUCACUUGGACCCCUGCUGAUUCUGGAUACUGAUGUGACCAAGCUGGCAACAGAGUCCCUGAAUGAGGCUGAGCGAAGGAUGCAGGAGAGGUCUCCAGGUGGUGUGGAGUCUGAGGUGGUCCUGAUCGUGGCCCUGACUGUGACAGCUGUCUCUCUGAUCUCUGCUUCAUUGCUGGCCUUGUUCCUGUACAGGAAACACAAGCAAAGUCAGGUCAACCAGUGA